UUCAUAGGUGUAGUGAUUUUGAAAUCACAAGCUAGUCGAAGUCAUUCAGAAAUAUUAGCGAAAAGUUUCCGUUUAAAACCGUUUUAAUUUGCCAUUGUGUUCAUCACGUCGCUCUCAUGGAAUAUGGGAUUUUUGUGAUAAUGCCUUUACUGGCGCGAGCCAGACGGACGAAAGCAACUGCCCUAGCUUAUAUUUUAUGUGUUUUCAACAAGCAAAUCUCCACCGAAAAGAUACUUUUGUAAUCAGUAUUAUCUGUGAAGUGUUGUGCUGUGUAGUGUUUAACAACGAGAUCUCGUCGCGCGCAGUAGAAUAUAAUAUCCCGAAAUAGUUGUGCACUCGCGUUGUUUAUAGUGCGCGUUGUCGUUCCUUUGUCUACUUGUUCCACAUAUGUAUACUUGUGUGUAUACAUUUUUAUAAGUGUUAGCGCGCUGUCUUUGACUUGAGCAUCCAACAAAGUCUGUAUUAUAUUAUCGAAAGGAAAUAAUGCGGGUCUAAGUCCGAUAAGUGUAUACAAUUGUGCCGAUUAGAAGUGGAAAGCAUAUUGUAAAGCGAAAACAAAACCAAUUCAUAUACAUACAUAUGCUCCUAAGCGAAGUAAGACUUAACCGAUAGCCAGUCUCCAUAGCGGUCAAAGUUUCGAGUGCGUAACAUUAACAACUACUCCAUACAUACAUAUAUUAUAUUACUAGUGAUUCACAAGGAAUGUUUAUAUCGUUCUUUUUCGAAUGUUUCCCUAAUUAUUAAUUUAUACUGAGUUUGUGUGUUAAUGACAAAACAAUAACGCCCCUCAUCACGCUCUAAAUCAACGAAUAAAUGAACAACUAAUAUAUAAUCAGUUGUUCAAAAUAAAUAAACCCAUAUAGAAGACGGCAGUAGAGGCUUUGAUAAGAAUUAACAAAUCAGCAUAAACACCAGAAGCGUCGGCAAAACAACGAAACAACCCUCUUGCCUCUAGGAAGCAGUAGUUUGGAAAAAAAAACUUUGCAAGCAUUAAUUGAUUGCAGCAUCCAUACAUACUCUGCUGUACACAGUCGAGAUAAGUGCUUACAGCUGUGCACAUCGCAGCUGGAAAUAUUGCAAUUGAGUAGUUGCAGUUAAGUUAGCGCGUCGUCUACAAUUGCAUUUACAUAAAAGUGUCAAAAGUUGUACGAAAAAAUCCAAAAAAGAAAUCUGUUGUGAAAAUCUGUAAAUAAAAAAAAUUAAUUAUUUCAAUAAAAAAGUGUGCAUAAAGUCGCGUACAAAAUGCCGACUUCGACAGAUGAUGCCUUGCCAAUAGUGGAAAAUGAGGAAGCACGUCCACCAUCGCCUGCCUCAGUGGCACGACGCAGUCCACAGGACAACGAGUUGGAUUUGCAACCCACUGGUUGCGGUUCGUCCGUGUGCUGCAACCCCUCCAGCGGCGUACAUCGUUUCAUAGCCUUGAUUUUUAUGUGCCUGCUUGGAUUUGGUUCCUAUUUUUGCUACGACAACCCCGGCGCAUUGCAGGAGGUCUUCAAGCAUGAUCUCAACAUCACCACCACCGAAUUCACGCUCAUCUAUUCCAUUUACUCGUGGCCAAAUGUGGUGCUUUGCUUCAUUGGCGGUUUCUUAAUCGAUCGCGUCUUCGGCAUACGACUCGGCACAAUUAUCUAUCUAUUCAUUUUACUGAUUGGUCAAUUGAUAUUCGCCUCCGGUGGCCUUUUGGGCACAUUUUGGAUUAUGAUUUUGGGACGUUUCAUAUUCGGCAUCGGCGCUGAGUCAUUGGCUGUUGCACAAAACAAUUACGCGGUGCUAUGGUUCAAGGGGAAGGAAUUGAAUAUGGUGUUCGGUUUGCAAUUGUCGGUGGCGCGUUUUGGUAGCACUGUGAAUUUCUGGGUCAUGCAACCGAUAUAUGAUUAUGUCUCGGAAUUCUAUAAGGAUCACAGAGCAAUCGGUGUGGUAUUGUUGUUGGCGGCUGGCACUUGUGUCAUGUCACUUUUGUGCGCUUUGAUUUUGGGUUGGAUGGAUAAACGUGCCGAGCGCAUUUUGCAACGCAACACCAAUCCUUCGGGUGAAAUUGCCAAACUCAGUGAUGUCACCACAUUCAAGGUGAGCUUCUGGAUGGUUUCAAUCAUAUGUGUGGCCUAUUAUGUGGCCAUCUUUCCUUUCAUCGCUUUGGGCAAAACAUUCUUCAUGCAUCGUUUCAACUUGAAACCGGAUCAAGCUAAUAACGUCAAUUCAAUUGUGUAUUUAAUCUCGGCUAUUGCUUCGCCAGUAUUCGGCUUUGUCAUCGACAAAACUGGACGCAAUGUUAGUUGGGUAUUUUGCGCGACAUUCACCACAAUUGGCGCACAUGCGCUGCUCGCAUUUACACUACUAAACCCAUACAUUGGUAUGGUCAUUAUGGGACUGUCCUAUUCCAUGUUGGCCGCUAGCCUUUGGCCACUAGUUGCUUUGAUCAUUCCCGAGUACCAACUGGGCACAGCCUACGGAUUCUGUCAAUCGGUACAAAAUCUUGGUCUCGCCGUAAUCACCAUUGUUGCUGGCAUGAUUGUCGAUCGCAGCGAUGGCAAUUACAUAUGGGUUGAGCUCUUCUUCAUGGGUUGGCUGACAAUUGCUUUGAUUUCCACCUGCGUUAUCUGGGGCUAUGACAAGAAGGUGAAAGGUAACCUGAAUAUGACGCCAGCACAACGUGCCCAAUAUGCUGCCGCAAUACGCGCUGCAAAUCAUGAUAAUGGUGCUUACUCCAGCGAUCAGGAGCCGCUGCUGGAUGAUUAAAAAGUAUGAGGAAUUUUCAGCAAUCAACAGGGCAAGCGAGCGCGAGAGAGAGAAUGAGAGAGAGUAUUAGCACACGGAUUAAAGGGCGAACUUGGCUGGUGGAGGCUGUAUUUGCAGAAGGCCAAACAAAAAACACUAAUCAUCAUAGUUAAUGUAAUUGAAGCAAAAUUGAUUUUUCGACGGUACCACCAAAUAGCCUUUUGGCGCAUAUCACAUUUAACCUAUUCAUCUCUACAUCUUUAAUGCGAACUUUUAAAUGCACUUACAGUGGGUAUUGCUUUCUUGUUAAUGCUCUAUAUUUUGGUGAUUUUUUUUUUAAUUUUAUAAAUUUUCCGAAUGUUUUUUUUUACCGAUACAUUUACCAUUUAGUUAAACACAAACGUUUUACAACAUAACCAAUUUAUUUUGUAAGCGAAAAUCAAACAAUUUAACAUACAAACACACGCAAUAAAUUAUAUAUUCUUUAUUUAAAAGCUUAUAACUGCGUUUACAACCAAAUACAACAUGUUGCAUAAAAGCUGAA